AUGCCGAGAGAUAUAUCAGAGACGCCCUUGAAAGAGAACGUCGUUCAGCGUGGUAUUUUGGGUGGCAGCCUGGACGUCAUAAUAUGCCCAGACAUAAUAAUUAUUACUUUGUACGCACUACUGCAAGGCUUAAACGAAAAAUGGCUGUACGGAGUAGGUUCCAGGUUAGGCACCUACCUAGGCAGUAAUUACGGAAUACGGUCCAAUGGAAGAGCGAUCGAGGGUCCACCCCGUCAAGAUACUCAGGUGGCCAAUGGAAUCUCGCAGUUACACGACUCCGGUGGUGCAACCAAUUACGAACCUGGGCGUUGUUGCGACCUAGAGUACACUCCCUUUGUAUCGGAUAUCGAACUCCCCUUUUACACUUCACUUGCAUCUCUCAAAAUCAAUCAUGACAAGCUUGACGACUCCGCCCGAAAAGUGCUAGGUUUGUAUGAGAUACGCUCAUCCGAUGCGCCUGAUGCAUCAUGCCGAAUGCAGAUUCACGGAAAUGCCCUUACAAGUGAUGAGGUUCCUGCUGGCUACUAUAGAGCUGAGGGAAUGAUCAAGAAUGUCAAUACUAUCGAAGAAUAUCGAAAUGCGGACAAGGCGUUAAUGAUACAGCAGGCAGGAAAAACUAUCUGGGAUGCUAUCAAUGAUGGUACAAUCUAUUCCUGCCCUUCUCUCUUGUCCUCUUUCAUUAUUCUUUCUUUUGCGGAUCUCAAAAAAUACAGAUUCCAUUAUUGGUUUGCUUUUCCUGCAAUCCAUUCUCACCCCCCAUGGGUUCCCGUAACGAAAAGCUCCUCAGGCCCUAAUGAGAGUUCCAAUGACCGCGUCAUCCCCGGUUCACAAAAGCUCACAGGGCAGGAAAGCUCUGCUUUAGUUGAUGCUGUGCAGGCAUGGAGAUAUGGGGUGGAUGCUCGCCAGCACGGCUUUUUCUUAGCUCGAAAAGAUUGGAAUGGUCUAGACAGGACGGAAUUGGAUAUUGGCAGAUCUAAACAUGGUGAUUCGCCUGAAACCGACCGUGCCAGACCAACCCGUUCAGAUACUACCAGCUUUUCCUGGAAGAUAUCCUCUCUUGCGAGCUACGAGGCCGGGUUUUUCGACGGCGCAAAAUUUGAAGACUGUUACAUCUGCUUCGCGGAUCCUUCUAACUAUCUCAAUGCUCCUGGAUGGAUGCUAAGAAAUCUUCUCGUCCUCGUGAGGCAACGUUGGAGACUAGAUAAGGUACAGAUCUUGUGUUAUCGCGAUGUCCAGUCCAAGCGUGACCAAGGGCGGAGUUUAGUGAUCACUCUUGAAUUGGACUCUUCUCGAGCAGCUGACCCUGACAUUGAACAACCUCCGCACGGUCAAAUACCAAAGGUGACUGGCUGGGAGCGAAAUUCUGCGGGCAAAUUAGCCGGGCGGGUCGUUGAUUUGACAGCGUACAUGGAUCCUCACAAAUUGGCUGAUCAGGCGGUCGACCUAAAUCUGAAACUUAUCAAGUGGAGAAUAAGUCCCAAUCUCGAUCUUGAGAAGAUAAAACGUACCAGCUGCCUUCUUCUGGGAGCAGGGACGUUGGGGAGUUAUGUUGCUCGAAAUUUGCUGGGUUGGGGUGUGCGAACAAUCACCUUCGUGGACAAUGGAUCUGUCUCAUUCUCCAAUCCCGUGAGGCAACCAUUGUUCAGUUUCAAGGACUGCCUGGAAGGAGGGGCUAAAAAGGCCCACCGGGCUUCAGAGGCCUUGAGAGAUAUUUAUCCAGGAGUGAAUUCCACCGGGCAUGUCCUUUCUGUUCCGAUGGCUGGCCACCCAGUAACCGAUACUGUUAAAACUCGGACAGAUUUCGAGGUCCUUAAAAAGUUAAUUGACGACCAUGACGCUAUAUUUCUCCUCAUGGAUAGUCGGGAGUCUCGCUGGCUACCCACGGUGAUCGGGAAAGCCACAGGGAAGAUCGUCAUGAAUGCAGCGUUGGGAUUCGAUACCUUUGUCGUCAUGCGUCAUGGUGUUAAGACUGCGUCCAACACAGCAUCAGAGCUUGGCUGUUAUUUUUGUAAUGAUGUUGUUGCACCAAUGGAUUCUCUCAAAGAUCAAACACUCGACCAGCAAUGCACUGUCACACGUCCGGGAGUAUCUGCUAUAGCGUCAGCAUUGCUGGUCGAGCUCUUCGUGUCGAUCCUUCAACACCCCGAAGGAGCAGCCGCUCCUGCUCCAACUUCUCAGAACACUGAUCAAGAAGACCAUCCUCUUGGUCUCGUUCCGCACCAAAUUAGAGGUUUUCUUUCUACCUUUACAAAUAUCUCUGUAACUGGUAGAAGCUACAAUUGCUGUAGUGCAUGCUCAGAUAACAUAAUCAACGCUUAUAGAAAAGAUGGCUGGGAUUUUGUUGAAAAGGCUCUAAAUGAUAAGGAAUAUCUGGAGGAAUUAAGUGGCCUGAAAGAGGUCCAGCGAACAGCUGAAGCUACAACAGCGGAAAUUGAAUGGGAUGACGAAUUCGAUGGACUAGUGGAUGAAUAA